UUUUUUGUUCAAUUAUCUCAUUGUUAUUGUUUGGAUAUGUCGAUUUUGGUGUGCGUUUGUCGUUUUCUUUUUCGAGAUUGAUCUUCGCAGCGAGUUACUGGUUCUCGUGAUUGAUUCUGGAUAUUUGUUUUUGAUUUCUGUUGAGAUGAUUCUGUUUGAUUCGGAGCAAAUAGUGCGUUCGAUUGGUCCGAUCUACUUGAUUUCGUGAUUGAGAUGCUAUUGAUGAGGCGUAAUUGGUGAGGGUGGGAGAGACCGUGAGGGUCCGAGUCGAAGCGCGAUUCUGUGUUUCAUGGGCAAUACCUGCCGUGGAUCUUUCAAAGGGAAUAUAUUUCAGGGCUACAGCCAGCCCGAGGACGGCUCCAUCCCCAAUUCCAAGCGUAAUAACAACAGUGCUUCAGACCGCUCCAAUUCUGACAUUUUCCCUUCCAGCAAUCUGAUUUCCCAAGAAUCUGGCAAAGACUACAAACCCAAAUCCAAGGACAGCGAUAACACUCCAACCUUCUUGAGCCCCACCAAGAAAGACUACAUAAUGAGGAAAGGCAGUGAUAACCAAGCCUAUUAUGUUCUGGGUCAUAAGACUGCUAACAUUCGGGAUCUCUACACUCUCGGUCGAAAAUUAGGACAAGGACAGUUUGGAACCACUUAUUUAUGCACUGAGAUUACCACUGGCAUUGAGUAUGCUUGCAAGUCUAUCUCAAAGAGGAAGUUGAUUGCGAAGGAGGACGUUGAGGACGUUCGACGGGAGAUUCAGAUCAUGCACCAUUUGGCAGGUCAUAAGAAUAUUGUCACAAUCAAGGGUGCUUAUGAAGAUUCUUUGUAUGUUCAUAUUGUAAUGGAGCUUUGUAGUGGUGGUGAGUUGUUCGACCGGAUCAUCCAGAGGGGGCAUUACAGUGAGAGGAAAGCUGCUGAGUUGACCAGGAUUAUUGUUGGUGUUGUCGAGACUUGCCAUUCGCUUGGAGUUAUGCAUAGAGAUUUGAAGCCAGAGAAUUUCUUGUUGGUUAACAAGGACGAUGACUUCUCCCUUAAAGCUAUUGAUUUUGGCCUCUCCGUUUUCUUCAAACCAGGUCAAAUCUUCACUGAUGUUGUUGGAAGCCCAUACUAUGUUGCUCCUGAGGUUCUCCUCAAGCACUAUGGACCGGCAGCAGAUGUGUGGACUGCAGGAGUUAUAUUGUAUAUAUUACUUAGCGGUGUGCCACCAUUUUGGGCAGAAACUCAACAAGGAAUAUUUGAUGCGGUGCUUAAGGGACAUAUCGAUUUUGACUCAGACCCAUGGCCCUUGAUCUCUGACAGCGCAAAGGAUCUUAUCAGAAAGAUGCUAUGUUCUCGACCAUCAGACCGUUUGACUGCACAUGAAGUAUUAUGUCAUCCUUGGAUUUGUGAAAAUGGAGUUGCUCCUGAUAGGGCUCUCGAUCCAGCUGUACUUUCUCGACUCAAACAAUUCUCUGCAAUGAAUAAGUUAAAGAAAAUGGCAUUACGAGUGAUUGCUGAAAGCCUAUCUGAAGAGGAGAUUGCUGGCCUAAGAGAAAUGUUUACAGCUAUGGACACUGACAACAGUGGUGCAAUUACGUUUGAUGAACUCAAAGCUGGUUUGAGAAGAUAUGGUUCGACCUUGAAAGAUAUUGAAAUACGUGACCUCAUGGAUGCGGCUGAUAUUGACAAUAGCGGGACUAUCGAUUAUGGAGAAUUUAUUGCUGCAACCAUUCAUCUCAACAAACUAGAGCGGGAAGAACACCUUGUUGCAGCAUUUCGAUAUUUUGACAAGGAUGGAAGUGGUUACAUUACACUUGAUGAGCUGCAGCAAGCUUGUACAGAACAUAAUAUGACCGACGUGUACCUCGAUGACAUCAUCAGAGAAGUCGACCAAGAUAAUGAUGGAAGGAUCGAUUAUGGCGAAUUUGUUGCCAUGAUGCAGAAAGGCAAUGCAGGAAUUGGAAGACGAACUAUGAGGAACAGUUUGAAUUUGAGCAUGAGAGAUGGACCCGGUGCCAUUUAACUUCUGAACCACGUGCUUGAUGUACUGGUUGUACAGCGGAUGUAGAGCCGGGGAGUUUGACACUUUCCCAACACGGUUGAGCUCCUCUUCCUCCUAGCUUCCAGCACUGUGUUGCCAAGGAUUUCAGUGGUGAAAAUUUCUGCUCGAGCAUCUCUCUAAUAAUCCUAAAUAUCGCUGUAUAGCCAAAGGAUGAUGUGGUUAGAAAUAUGAACUCUAGAGUGUGAAAGUGCAAGAGCUGUUUAAGUUGCUAGGUUCUUUUGCGUAACAUUUUCAUUUGGGGAUUAUUUAUCUGUUUGUAUAGAUACUCUACCUCUCGCCCAGAUUUGAUUCCAAUAAUGUAACUUUUCUCCAUUGCUAAUGC